UUCUCUAUUGCCGUUUAAUAGCGUCACCCUGAAAUAGAUGAUUGAUACAGAAAAUCUAACCUUCGUUUUUCAAACGUUGCAUUUUCUUAUAAAGGUUAUAAAGGUUUAAAUUUAGGCUACUUCACCUUUUCCGUAGGACAGGCUGUUACGCAUGCGCAAGAGAAACACUCAUGGUCUGACGUACGCUCUGUUCCCGUCAGUUAGCAUCUGAGGAGCUGGGUAACUAGCUGCUUUGUAUUUGACACUAGUGUCGCUAAAUGACAGCUAGGUAUUAAGCAGCUAACGUUUUAGGACCACGUGACUUUCAGCAUCGAUCAUGGACGACGAAAGCCACCCCAGAACUCUGUACGUCGGAAACCUUUCCAGAGAUGUUACCGAGAUUUUGAUCCUGCAGCUCUUCACCCAGAUCGGACCCUGCAAAAGCUGCAAAAUGAUCACAGAGCACACUAGCAACGAUCCCUACUGCUUUGUGGAGUUUUUUGAACACAGAGAUGCUGCAGCGGCUCUGGCGGCCAUGAACGGGAGGAAGAUUCUGGGAAAGGAAGUCAAAGUAAACUGGGCCACCACCCCAAGUAGCCAGAAAAAAGACACUUCCAAUCACUUCCAUGUGUUUGUGGGUGAUCUGAACCCUGACAUUUCCACAGAAGAUGUUAGGGCUGCUUUCACACCGUUUGGGAAAAUCUCAGACGCCCGUGUUGUGAAGGACUUAACAACCGGAAAGUCAAAGGGGUAUGGAUUUGUGUCCUUCUACAACAAACUGGAUGCAGAAAACGCCAUCGUUCACAUGGCGGGCCAGUGGCUCGGAGGACGCCAGAUCAGAACCAACUGGGCCACCCGUAAACCCCCAGCCCCUAAAAGUCUUCAGGACAGUGUUUCGAAGCAGCUGAGGUUUGAAGAGGUGGUGACCCAGUCCAGCCCACAGAACUGCACCGUCUACUGUGGGGGGAUCCAGUCCGAACUAUCAGAGCAUCUGAUGCGACAGACGUUCUCACCGUUUGGUCAGAUCAUGGAAAUCAGGGUUUUCCCAGAAAAAGGCUAUUCUUUCAUCAGGUUUUCCUCUCACGACAGUGCAGCCCACGCCAUCGUUUCAGUAAACGGCACGUCCAUCGAGGGACACGCCGUCAAGUGCUACUGGGGGAAGGAGUCCACAGACAUGGCAAAGAACCCCCAGCAGUUUGAGUACAGCCAGUGGGGUCAGUGGAACCAGGUCUACGGGAACCCGCAGCAGCAGCAGCAGCAGCAGCAGCAGCAGCAGUACGGGCAGUAUGUGUCCGACGGCUGGCAGGUUCCCUCCUACAACAUGUACGGCCAGACCUGGAGCCAGCAGGGCUUUGGAACCGAGCAGUCGCAGUCUUCGGCCUGGAUGGGGAGUUUUGGAUCUUCUUCAGCCCAGGGAGCCGCUCCUCCUGGCGCCGGGCUGCCCAACAUGGGGAACUUCAGCAUGGCCGGGUAUCAGUCGCAGUAAGACGCUGCGCAGCCGAGCGGCAGCAGCUCUCCGCCAGCUGCCGUGGUGAAAAGAGGGCGGGGCCAUGUACACAACGCUUACGGAGCCAAAAGCUGCUCCUAAACUAUCAGUUCAGCUUUUGUUUGAGGGACAUUCAUCUACAGAUUCAGAACUCCACGUUCAGUGUUGAAAAUUCAGGUUCCUUCUAUGGAAAAAUGCUCUUGACCUUCAGAAUAAAAGCCAAACGGUAAAAAACACGGGAAAACAUCCACAGGCUGAAACAGGAAGUGACGGGACGGUCGCCGGGUUCACACCGACACCUUCACUUUAGGUUAGGAGCCGCGACAAAGAAAACCUUUGCUGUUCUUUUAGUUUGGAGUCUGACUUCUGCAAACACUUCCAGGGAGCCGUGCUGUCAAAACAGACGGGAAUGUCAGAAUUCAAACUCCCAAAUCCUUCAUUUCCCUGACGGUUGAUGAUUCAAAAACGCAGUUUCCGCUCGUCCUUCAUUUAAAUGGAUUCUUUCAGGAAACGUCACUUUAUUAACCAUCAAAAUGUCCUAAAGAUGAAAAUAAACCCACUUUUAGACUUCUCAGACACCAUUUCUGUUGAAAAAAUCCGUUUUCCAAAGAAUCCAGCAGUAUCAAAAACCUGGAAUUCAAUCCUAAAAUCUUUAUUAGCAACGACAAUGGCUUCCUUUGAGGACAGAUGUUUCUGAACAAGAACUUUGGCUUUGAACAGGAUCCGGGUGUUUUGUGAACACAGAGCUGCAAAAGUCUCUGAGAUGAUGGAGCCCCCCCCAGUGGAGGGACCUCCUCCUCUGUUGUGUUUUUGUUGUCUCUCUCAGCGCCCCCCCCCCCCCCCGCCCCCCCCCCCUCCAGCUCUCCAUUAAGUGCAGAUGUCUAAAGUAAAUGUCUCUGUCAGUAUUAAGGUUUUAACCUAAAACCCCAGUAAUGACUCAUCAGCUGUAGUACGUUACAGCAUGUCAGUGAACCACAAAACUACAACACAAUGUUCAUGAAAAGUAAGUAGCCCCGUUUAUAGAACCAAAUUAAAUCAAAUGAAUUUUUGUCGAUUCGUUUCCUUGGUAGACGUCGUCCUUUGAGUUGGAUUUUUCAGUUUUUUGUCCGGCUAAACAUCCUAAUUAUAAUCCCUCCACCGCCGGAUUUGUCUCCUUUAGAAUCUUUUAGGUCAAAGCUGAGAACUGGAGAAAGGAGUGUUUCCUGUGGUUCUCCGUUUAUUUAGAAAGAUUUUCACAUUUAGAAUUUUCUGGUGUCUUUCAGACGAAGGUAAACUCCUGUCAAAGGAGGAUCUCUGUCCAUCUCACUUUGAAAGCUCUUUUUUUGAUGAACAAAUCUGAUUUGUGGUUCUUUGAGGCGGGAAAACAAAGCGAGGGUUAGCUUGAUGUGUGUAAAUAUAAAGAUUGAUGCUAAAUCUCUGAAAGGUGAUGUACAUACUGUAGGUAGAAUGCUAGAAAGUAGUUUGCUCUUCUUCAUUUCUAGACUCUAAUUUAUGACGAGCCUUAUUAGUUGUUGAGGUCCCAUCUCUGAGGAUUUAGAGGAGGUCCGCUCUCAGCUCCGAUGGACGUCCCGUCUGUGUUCUUGUGCCAUUUCCAGGUGUGGCUGAAGCUGGAGUUUACGACGCGUCGCCUAAACACUGAAUGUAACGCCCGUUUGCUUUGAUGUCCGUAAUCUGAACACCCGGAAGGACGUUUUAAAAACUCAUCACUUCUCCAUUCAAUGGAAAAAGUCCCUUGAAAUAAAGAAACGUUUGUUUGUA